CCCGUUGCAGGGCUGGGGGUGCCGAGCUCCCCGUGUGCCCCCGGGUGAGACUGGGGGUGCCGAGCUCCCCGUGUGCCCCCGUUGCAGGGCUGGGGGUGCCGAGCUCCCCGUGUGCCCCCCGAAGCCCUUCCCGCGGGGGUGGAGCUGUGAGGCAGGAAGGGCCCUGCGAGCAGCUGUGCACGGGUUUAAGGGGUUUUGGGGUUUGGGGUUUUGGGGUUUCAGUCCCCCACCCCCACAGCCCGCGGCCCCGCUAUAAAAGGGGUCGGCACGCAGGCAGUCACCACGGCCACGCAGUGUCACCUGCUGUCACCGGCUCAGCGGGCUCACCAUGGCUGCCACCCUCGUCCUGCUGCUGCUGCUGCUGGGAGCAGCUCAGGCCGCGGACCCCCUGCCCUGCCAGGGUGACCCCAUCUCCUGGUGCAGGGACACGGCCACGGCCAAGCGCUGUGGCUGGGAGCAGCAGUGCCAGCACCUCUGGGACAGCCUGGCCCUGGGGGACGUGGCUGACGGGGACGGCGUGGCUGACGGGGACGGCGUGGCAGAGGGCAGGAAGUUGAAGUGCAGCCUGUGCACCAAGGUCCUGAAGAAGAUGCAGGAUCUGGCAGGUGACGACCCCGACGAGUCAGCGGUGCAGGCAGCGCUGCAGAAGGGCUGCCGGGCGCUGGGCCGGAGGCUGGGCAAGCAGUGCCAGCAGCUGGUGAGCAAGUACCAGGAUCAGAUCAGCGAGGGGCUGCAGAACGGGGACAUGCCCAAGGACAUCUGCACUGCCAUUGGCCUCUGCCGCUCCUGAGCACGGCACAGCCCCGAGUGCCCCCAAACCCGAUGCCCCUCCAGCCCCGAUGGCCCCACAGCCCAGCCAUCCCCCUCCCCACAAUAAACUCCCUCCUCUGGCUC